UGUGACCGUACAACAUGGAAGUCGGGUUAGUGAAUGUAUUCGAUAAAUUGACUCUCGUUAUUCAAACUGGGUUUGUGAUAUGUGGAAUUUAUAUCAUCUAUAAACUUGUCUCGUACUACAACUAUGUACAACGAAUGAAAAAAUGUUUCAAGGGAGCAAAAGGUCCGGAAAAGUGUCAUUGGUUGUUUGGUAGUUUGGUCUAUUUUCCAGAAGGUGAACAUGCGAUGCAUUUUGUGAAGCUCUGCAAUGAAUACGGAAGUGACCAAGGUUACAUUGUCAUCUGGUUUCCAUUCAUGAAGCCCAUGGUAGUUGCAUGUAGUCCAAGAAUCAUGGGAAACAUUUGCAAGAGUAACGAACCAAAAGCUACGGGCCUUACCGGUGUUUAUCGUUUGCUAAAGCCCUGGCUAGGCGAAGGUCUGCUGAUUGCAAACGGUGAAAAAUGGGCGCGAAAUAGACGUCUGCUAACACCCGCCUUCCACUUUGAGAUACUGAAGCCGUACACAACAGUUUUCAAUCAGGCAGCAGACACGAUUGUGAAAAAAAUAGCAGCAAAAGCCGAGUCAGGCGAGAGAUUCGAGGCUUUUCAGAACGUGUGUCUCUGUACCUUGGAAAUCAUUCUGAAGUGCGCAUUUUCCUACAGUAAAGACAUACAAAAUUCUGGAGAAAACAACCCGUAUGUAAACGCAGUUAACCGAUUAACAGAUUCUGUACGCUAUCGUGUUGUUCAUCCACUUACUGUCUUUGACUUUUUCUGGAAGUUAACUCCAGUUGGACGGCAGUUUAAGAAAGACUGUGACUUUGUACACUCAGUUGCGGAAGAAAUUAUUGACAAAAGAAAAGAGACCUUGGACAAGUCUGGUUGCGAAACGAACCGUAGAUAUUUGGAUUUCUUGGACAUUCUUUUGACGGCACGUGAUGGAACGGGACGAGGUCUGACCAAGUUAGAAAUCCGAAAUGAAGUUGACACUUUCUUGUUUGAAGGUCACGACACAACAGCUAGUGCUAUCUCAUGGGUUCUUUACUCUCUGGCGGAAAAUACCGAGUGUCAGCGGAAAUGUCAGGCAGAAAUAGACGAUGUACUGGAGGGCAGGGAGUCUGAUGAUUUGGAAUGGUCAGAUUUAGCAAAACUUGAAUACCUUACAAUGUGCAUUAAAGAAGGAAUGCGUCUUCAUUCACCGGUACCAGUAGUGAGCCGUGACACAGAAAAUGAGUUCGAUCUUGGCGAUCGCGUCGCACCAAAAGGGACGCUUAUUCAGUUAAACAUUUUCGCUCUAAACCAUAUGGAGAAUGUGUGGGGCUCGGACCAUAUGGAGUUUAAACCAGAAAGAUUCUCAAAGGAAAAUAUCGACAAUAUCAAACAUUUCCAGUAUGUUCCGUUUUCAGCAGGACCAAGAAACUGUAUUGGACAGAACUUUGCAAUGAAUGAAGAGAAAGUCGUGCUGUCGAAACUGUUACGAAAAUUCACAUUUAGGCUGGAUCCGAACCACAAGGCGGAAAGAUUCAUGUCCGCGGUGAUGAGAACUAAAAACGGAAUGUAUAUGUUUGUUGAAAAACGAGAAUAUUUGAAAAAGUAAAUAGAAACGACCAGCGAACGAAGAUUUUAUCAACAUUCUAGCAUAAAACUGCUGUUCUUGUCACUUUUCGGGGGUGUUUUAACAGGAGAGAAAACGUGUGUUAACAGAGAGAUUCUCGCGCUCGUGUGCUGUUAUAACACCUUUUUAUAUAUGCGCGUUCCGUGGCAAAGCGUAAACGUCUUUCGGCCCCAAAACGGAUAAUUCAAAACGAAAUGACGUCAACGUAAAAACGCAACU